AAUGUUCAAGCUUGGCUACUGUACCCAGAAUGACAAACAGUUGUUUAUCUAAACGCGUUUCUCUGCGGGUGCGUUGUGUUUUGUCCCUCCGAGGCGCCGUGUGUUUGUGUUGUUAGAUAGAGACGAAGAUGGCGGACGAAUUAGACCUCAGUGAACUAGACAGAGUACGGAUUUCUGCUGCGGAGCUUCGAGUUGAAGCGUCGAGUUUCGUCAACAACGGCGAUGUUCACAGAGAGGAGCUAGGAGAGGAGUGGCGUGGCGAAUGCCAGCAGCAGAGUAACCACGGCAACGACGCAUCAAAACACCCCGAUCUGCAAUGCUACACGUCCGAGGCCAUCCACGGCAGCCGUCGCCAUGACAGCAAGGAAGGCGAAGUGGUGACCUCCCCUCGUCACCCUGGAGACCCUGUAACCAUGACCUCUGACCCUGAGGAGGAGCUGGUGAUGUCACCACCACCGCAGAAGGAGGAAGAAGGACACAAGAUGGCCACCACUGAGAUGGUUUCAACUGAACCUGGAUGUGCAGAUGGAGGGAUGGGGAAAGAAGGAGAAGAUAAAUAUGGAGGAGGGGGUAGUCAUGGUGGGGGAGGUUUUACUUUUAACCGCGAAGGCUCUCGAGCAUCUGCACAACAGAGGACUCAAAGAGGUGACCACCACACCACCAGAGUCGACAACAGUAGCAGCAACAGUAGCAGUGCAGGGGGGCCAUCGGGCUCAGGCAGCGGACCACAGAGCUCCAGACAGAGGGAUGGAGGGAGAGAGAAGGACCAGAGGGAUGGAGGGAGAGAGAAGGACCAGAGGGAUGGAGGGAGAGAGAAGGACCAGAGGGAUGGAGGGAGAGAGAAGGACCGGAGGGAUGGAGGGAGAGAGAAGGACCAGAGGGAUGGAGGGAGAGAGAAGAACCAGAGGGAUGGAGGGAGAGAGAAGGACCGGAGGGAUGGAGGGAGAGAGAAGGACCAGAGAGAUGGAGGGAGAGAGAAGGACCAGAGAGAUGGAGGGAGAGAGAAGGACCAGAGGGAUGGAGGGAGAGAGAACGACCACAGUGGGAGAGACCCAGACCUCCCGGAGCCAGCAGGGGGUUCCCCUGGCUCUGCCAAGCCCACCAGGAAGACUCGUAAACCGGACCGGGAGAUCUAUCAGCCAGGGGCCCGAAGGAGCACAACCAGCACCCAGGGGAAGGAAGUGGGAAGAGAGACGAAGAAACCUGCCCAUACUCCUGGUCCUGGGUCUGGUUCUGUUAGAGAGGAGGCUGUAGUCAGGAGAGAGCCAGCCCCACAAAAAGAGACUGGAGGAGAGAGAGGGGGAGGGGAGGAGAAGGGGAGGAGAGAGACAGGCAAAGCAGCAGCGGCAGUCUCAGACCCUGUAUCAGAGAACCUGACUGGGAACAUGGAGAAACUCCGUGUGACUGUCCCAGUCGGGAGAGAGGAGGAGGAUGACAGACGAGGAGGAGGAGAGAAAGGAGAAGGUCAGGAAGUAGACAGGAGGAAGAAGGCUAGCGGUGAGGGCAGGAGGAGCAGAGGAGUUGAGGGAGGAGGAGCAAAUGGAGGUGAGAAGACAGAGGAGGAGAAGAGAGAGAGAGGAAACCGCAGGAACAGAGGAGGAGGAGGGGAGAAGGGGGGCAAUCAGGACUCCAGGAGAAGAGGAAGAGGGGAAGGAGGAGGGGGGAAGGGUGAGCGAGUGAUGAAAGAGACAAAUAAGAGAGAGUCAGAGGGGGAAGCAAACCGUCCUGCAGAUACACAGCCAACAAAAGGAAGAGAAAAACAGAGGGAUAGAGAGAAGGAAAGAGAGGAACCGAGGGAUAGGGAGAUGGAGAGGGACAAGCAGAGAGGGAACAACAGACCCCGAGACAUAGACAGAGAGAGGGAUGGGGAGAUGGAGAGAAACAAGCAGAGAGGGAACAACAGACCCCGAGACAUAGACAGAGAGAGGAAUGGAGAGAUGGAGAGAAACAGAGAGAGGCCAUCGGAGGGGAACGAGAGGAACAGAGAGAGGGAUGGAGAGAUGGAGAGAAACAGAAAGAGGCCAGCGGAGGGGAACGAGAGGAACAGAGAGAGGGAUGGAGAGAUGGAGAGAAACAGAGAGAGGCCAGCGGAGGGGAACGAGAGGAACAGAGAGAGGGAUGGAGAGAUGGAGAGAAACAGAGAGAGGCCAGCGGAGGGGAAGGAGAGGAGCAGAGUCAACACUAGUCCUAACAACAACCACCACCACCCAUCAUCAUCCUCUAAGCGUUACUCCAAGUCAGACAUCAGAAGACCCAGGAACCGCACCUACAGCACCAGCUCUGCCAGCAGUGGCACCAGUCUGGACGGACCUGGACUGGGACAGGGAGCGGGGUUGGGGGAGGACAGGGCCCGACGAGACCGGUUGGGGCGCAGGGAGCGAGAGAGAGGGGAGGGAGGAGGAGGUCAGCUCCAGAACAGGAGGAGAAGCACCAGAGACUCCUCUACUGACUCACUGGAAGAGAGCAAGGUGGGAGACUGGAUGGAUGAGAGGAGGAGGAGGAGGAGAGACGGAGGAGAGGAGGACUGGAGCCCGGAGAGGAGGAAGAGGGGGGAGGAGAGCAGAGUGACAGGAGGGAGGCACAGAGGAGGAGGAGGGAGAGGAGGUCUCCUGAGAAUAUCUCACAGUGACAGACAGUCAGGCUCCUCCCAGGCUACCUCAGGCCCCGGCGAGGACCCCCAGGGGCGACGCAGACAGGUCACUGGGCCUCGCAGCAGGGGGAGGGGCAUCCUCAUCCUCCCCGCCCACACCAACCUCUCCAAUUCGCCGGGGGAGCCCGGGCCGAGGCUACUGUUUGGUGGGAUCCGUGGAGGAAGAGAGGCGGGGCUAGGGAGAGGAGGAGGGCGGGGCGGAGGAACAAGGCGUCUCUGGGACCCGAACAACCCCGACCAGAAACCCGCCCUCGGGCUCUCCCAGCAUGCAUCGCUCCAGCAGCAGCAGCCCAUGUACCUGCAGACAGGCGUUGGUUACGGAGCGCUGCACUUCCUGGAUACAGAUGACGAGGCUGCAGGGAGUCCCCCGGUCCGCCAGGGGGAGCACUUCCACCUCCAGCAGCAGGCUGCAGCCAUGGCCCAGGCCUUCUACAAGUACCAGAACUCUGACAACCCUUACCCUUACAACGCCAACCCGAACCCCAACACACGCUACCCCUACCCUUACCACACUAUGCCCGCCGGCCCUUACCUGAUCCCCCCCUCUAACGACAUGUACCACCCGGGUCAGUUCUACGGGGGGUACAGGGGCCAGGGGUACCCAGAUGGACCCGAGGCUGCAGCAGGGGGUGGAUCCGGAGCAGGUGUAACCCCUGAGGAGGCUGGGCAACAUGCCAGAGGAGAGCUGGGGAGACUGCUGAGAGCUGCAGACAGUCAGGAGUUACAGCUCACUAACCUGUUGUCUCGAGACAGACUCAGUGCUGAUGGACUGGACCGCAUGGCUCAGCUCAGAGCUGACCUGUUGACCCUGUACGAGCGUGUGAUCCUAACAGACAUAGAGUUCAGUGACAGCCAGAACCUGGACCAGGCUCUAUGGAAGAACGUGUUCUACCAGGUUAUAGAGCGCUUCAGACAGCUCCUCAAAGAUCCCAGCGGAGACUCAGCUCCGCGCAUCACCACCAUGCUGCUGACACUGCUGGACGAGGGGGCAGUAUUCUUUGAUGCGCUGCUGCAGAAACUUCAGAUGGUGUUUCAGUUUAAACUGGAGGAUUACAUGGACGGCAUGGCCAUCAGACCACGACCACUACGCAAAACGGUGAGGUAUGCUCUGAUCAGUGCCCAGCGGUGUUUGAUCUGUCAGGGAGACAUCGCCCGUUACCGGGAGCAGGCCAGCGACUCGGCUAACUACGGCAAGGCCCGCAGUUGGUACCUGAAGGCCCAGCAGAUUGCUCCUAAGAACGGACGACCCUACAACCAGCUUGCCCUGCUGGCUGUCUACACGAAGAGGAAGUUGGAUGCAGUGUAUUAUUACAUGCGUAGCCUGGCGGCCUCCAAUCCCAUCCUCACUGCCAAGGAGAGCCUCAUGAGCCUGUUUGAAGAGGCCAAACGCAAGGCGGACCAGAUGGGGCGGAGGCAGGAGUCAGAAGGGGGUUCCAGGGGCCCGGGGGUCCAGGGUGGAGGAAGAGGACGGGGGGAGCAGGGGGCCAGAGUAGAGAUCUGGCUUCGCCCAGUCGUCCAGGCAGUGGCUCUCUCAUCGCACCGCGGGGGCAGCGAGUCCAGCAGAGACUCUGAACAGGACGGAGAGCUCGGCAACCUCAGCGCUAGUGAUCUCAAUAAGAGGUUUAUACUCAGCUUCCUCCACGCUCAUGGAAAACUCUUCACUAAAGUGGGCAUGGAGUCGUUCCCAGCGGUGGUCAGUCGUGUUCUCCAGGAGUUCAGAGUGCUGAUCCAACACAGCCCCUCCCCUCUGGGCAGCACACGCAUGUUACAGAUCAUCACCAUCAACAUGUUCACGAUACACAACGCUCAGAGCAGAGGAGGAGAUGGUGAGGUGAGGUCUGUUUUACAGGAGCAGACUACAGCUCUGGGUCUGGCCAUGUUCUCUCUGCUGGUCCAGCGCUGCACAGAGCUACUGAGAGACACACCUGCAGAGCCCAUCCCUGAGGAGGAGAGAGAAGAGGGGGAUGAGUGGGAGGAGGGGAUGGUGAGAGUUUCUGCCUUCCCAUUGGACCUGAGGGAGCUGCUGCCCAGCGUUAAAGUCUGGUCUGAUUGGAUGCUUGGACACCCCGACCAAUGGAAUCCUCCGCCUUGUAGUAUAGAUGGCUGUAGCUCCGGUGUGUGGUGUAGCUUGGCCGACCUGUGUAAUGCGUUGGCUCGUGUCGACCACGGGGAAGCGCCGCUGUACAAGGCAGACGGGGACGGAGGCGAGGGGGAUGAGGAGCUCCGCCUGUUGCUAUUGGAGGAGGACAGGCUACUGGCCGGCUUCGUCCCGCUGCUCGCCGCCCCACAGGAACCCUGCUACAUAGACCUCACCAGGGAUACCGUAAUAGCAGCAGACUGUAAAAGGGUAACAGUGUUGAAGUAUUUCCUGGAGGCUCUGUGUGGACAGGAACAACCUCUCCUGGCCUUCAAGGGAGGGAAGUAUGUCUCCAUGGCAACCUCUCCCCAACCCAGCAGCCCCGGCGACGCCCACAGUCGACACGACUCACUGACCGAGAGAGAGAGUGAUGACGUCAUCGUGGAGGCGGAGUCGUCUGUUUCCGAGGGGGAUGAGGGCGGGGGCAGCGAAGAUGACAUCAGAGAGCUCCGGGCCAGACGCAGCGCCCUCACUAACAGACUGGCUCAGCAGCAACGACGCAGGGACAAGAUACAGGCGGUGUUACAGACGGGUGGUCAGUUGAAGUUAGAGGUACGUCCUCUUUUCCUGGUUCCAGACACCAAUGGCUUCAUCGACCACCUGACCGGCCUCAAGACACUGCUGCAGUCUGGGACUUACAUACUGGUGGUGCCCCUCAUAGUGAUAACAGAGUUGGAUGGUCUGGCGAAGGGUCAGGAGAGCUGCGGAGGCUCCGGCGGUGGUCGUGGCGGCGGUGGUUCCCGUGGUAACCCUGGUGCGACUCAUGCACGGGCGGUCCAGGAGAAGGCCAAGGUUGCCGUGGCGUUUCUGGAGCGAGGGUUCGAGGCCAGAGAGCCCUGUCUCAGAGCGCUGACCAGCAGAGGAAGUCAACUGGAGUCUAUCGCCUUCCGCAGUGAAGACACCUCCGGACAACAGGGGAACAAUGAUGAUGUCAUCUUGUCCUGCUGUCUCCACUACUGCAAAGACAAGGCUAAGGACUUCAUGCCUGCACAGAGAGACGGUCCGGUGCGGUUGCGUCGGGAGGUGGUUCUUCUGACAGAUGACCGUAACCUGCGGGUCAAAGCCCUGACCAGGAAUGUGCCGGUCAGAGACAUCCCCGCCUUCCUCACCUGGGCCAAAGUGGGCUGAACCGGGUCACACCUUAGACUAUGCCCAGAGCACCCAAUCAACCAAUCAACUGCUGAGAACCGCUGGCCACCUCCCAUACCAUCGGAGUGGAGGAGGAGCCUGUAAGCUAAUGCAGAAGGGAAGACUGAUGGAGAAAGCUUUUUUUGUGGAAAAAUGAAAUAUGGACACUAAAAAGCUUUUUUUUGUGUGUGGAAUGAGUUGAAUAGGCUGAGAGCUUUUUACCCUCUCGUUGUGAUGAGGUGUGUGUGUUUACCGCUGAGCUCAGGGAGCGGGAGGGAGGAGAGGAGCAGGGAGAGUUUUUAAGAGAUGCAGGAAGGCUGGCCCAUGAAGAGAGGUAGAAGACAGAAGGUAUUUGUGUUCAUUUCUGGUUUCUUCGGUCCAGCCAUGCGUCGUGCGUAACUUCUGCAGUGGGCUGCAGUGGGUUCACAAGGCCAGUGGCAGUACUUACCUCAGUGGAAACGACAGAGAGGAAGAGAGACAUGGAAUGGAGAGGGACAGGGAGGUUAGGGCUCGAGGACCAAGGCCCAAACCUGACUGAGAAGUUUUAUAGUAUGUGUCUGUGUGACUGUUUGACUGACAGCUGUCUGGAACCCCAGUGCAGCACAGAGAGAGAGGCUUUGUAUUUUAUUUAUUUAACCUUUAUUUAACUAGGCAAGUCAGUUAAGAACAAAUUCUUAUUUACAAUGAGGGCCUACCCCGGGCCAAACUCUGACGACGCUGGGCCGGUUGUGAUACAGCCUGGAAUCAAACCAGGGUCUGUAGUGAUGCCUCACACACUGAAAUGAGAUGCCUUAGACCGCUGCACCACUCGGGGGAGGGGCAUGGGAGUCUGGUUGUAGUAUCGGGGUACCAGCCAGGUUGUAGUAUCGGGGUACCAGCCAGGUUGUAGUAUCGGGGUACCAGCCAGGUUGUAGUAUCGGGGUACCAGCCAGGUUGUAGUAUCGGGGUACCAGCCAGGUUGUAGUAUCGGGGUACCAGCCAGGUUGUAGUAUCGGGGUACCAGCCAGGUUGUAGUAUCGGGGUACCAGCCAGGUUGUAGUAUCGGGGUACCAGCCAGGUUGUAGUAUCGGGGUACCAGCCAGGUUGUAGUAUCGGGGUACCAGCCAGGUUGUAGUAUCGGGGUACCAGCCAGGUUGUAGUAUAGUGGAGAGGCGGGUACCUUCAUCUACACACCCACCUCCAGGUCCCCGUGACCCCGAGCCACACUCUCAGCCUCUGAUGACCCGGAAGUGGUCCGUUUCAGUUCCUGUAAAACCAUGAAGUGAUUUUUAUCCCAGUUGCCCAGCAGCUUGUGUUGAUUGAGAGUCAUUCCCAAGGCUUCUGUAAAGGAACAGAUUUAAAGACAAAAAGACAAAGGAAAAAUGUUUUGUUAUGUUUUAGCAUUGUGCGGUGGUGGGAGUGUGUUGUUUCUGAGUUGGCUGGUGUAUCCAUUGGGAGUGUGAUGUUUAUGCUCUACAGAAGAGCUUUUCUGUCCGCAGACGUUCUCACUCACCUACCCUUUUAGUUUGUUGUUUUUAACAGUUUAAAUAUUAUAAUAAGAUUGAACGUUAGCUUUUAGGUCAUUGUAUAUUUUGUGUGUUUGUUUUCCUUUGUUUUUAUCACCAUCUAUGGGUAACUCGUUCAGCUUCUAUAAAUUAUGUAUCUAUGUUCAUUCUAAGUGCAGAACUUUGUGCUGAUCUGUUUCUUUAUGAGUGGCUAAGACCCGGGCUGCGUCCAAAAUGGUACCCUGUGGGCCCUGGUCAAAAGUUGUGCACUAGGCCUAUAAGGAACAGUGUGCCAAUAGGGUGCCCUACACUGAUCAUACAAUUAACAAUGGAAUUAGCUUUUGUAGCACUACAGUUGUGGCCAAAAGUUUUGAGAAUGACACAAAUAACUUUAUUUACACAAAGUUUGCUGCUUCAGUGUCUUUAGAUAUUUUUGACAGAUGUUACUAUGUAAUACUGAAGUAUAAUUACAAGCAUUUCAUAAGUGUCAAAGGCUUUUAUUGACAAUUACAUGAAGUUGAUGCAAAGAGUCAAUAUUUGCAGUGUUGACCCUUCUUUUUCAAGAGAUCUGCAAUCCGCCCUGGCAUGCUGUCAAUUAACUUCUGGGCCACAUCCUGACUGAUGGCAGCCCAUUCUUGCAUAAUCAAUGCUUGAAGUUUGUCAGAAUUUGUGGGUUUUUGUUUGUCCACCCGCCUCUUGAGGAUUGACCGCAAGUUCUCAAUGGGAUUAAGGUCUGGGGAGUUUCCUGGCCAUGGACCCAAAAUAUCGAUGUUUUGUUCCUCAAGCCACUUAGUUAUCACUUUUGCCUUAUGGCAAGGUGCUCCAUCAUGCUGGAAAAGGCAUUGUUCGUCAUCAAACUGUUCCUGGAUGGUUGGGAGAAGUUGCUCUCAGAGGAUGUGUUUGUACAAUUCUUUAUUCAUGGCUGUGUUCUUAGGCAAAAUUGUGAGUGAGCCCACUCCCUUGGCUGAGAAGCAACCCCACACAUGAAUGGUCUCAGGAUGCUUUACUGUUGGCAUGACACAGGACUGAUGGUAGCGCUCACCUUGUCUCCCCCGGGACAAGCUGUUUCCGGAUGCCCCAAACAAUCGGAAAGGGGAUUCAUCCGAGAAAAUUACUUUACCCCAGUCCUCAGCAGUCCAAUCCCUGUACCUUUUGCAGAAUAUCAGUCUGUCCCUGAUGUUUUUCCUGGAGAGAAGUGGCUUCUUUGCUGCCCUUCUUGACACCAGGCCAUCCUCCAAAAGUCUUCGCCUCACUGUGCGUGUAGAUGCACUCACACCUGCCUGCUGCCAUUCCUGAGCAAGCUCUGUACUGGUGGCGCCACGAUCCUGCAGCUGAAUCAACUUUAGGAGACAGUCCUGGCGCUUGCUGGACUUUCUUGGGCGCACUGAGGCCUUCUUCACAACAAUUUAAUCGCUCUCCUUGAAGUUCUUGAGGAUCUGAUAAAUGGUUGAUUUAGGUGCAAUCUUACUUGCAGCAAUAUCCUUGCCUGUGAAGCCGUUUUGUGCAAAGCGAUGAUGACGGAACGUGUUUCCUUGCAGGUAACCAUGGUUGACAGAGGAAGAACAAUGAUUCCAAGCACCACCCUCCUUUUGAUGCUUCCAGUCUGUUAUUCGAACUCAAUCAGCAUGACAGAGUGAUCUCCAGCCUUGUCCUCGUCAACACUCACACCUGUGUUAACAAGAGAAUCACUGACAUGAUGUCAGCUGCUCCUUUUGUGGCAGGGCUGAAAUACAGUGGAAAUGUUUUUGGGGGAUUCAGUUCAUUUGCAUGGCAAAGAGGGACUUUGCAAUUAAUUGCAAUUCAUCUGAUCACUCUUCAUAACAUUCUGGAGUAUAUGCAAAUUGCCGUCAUACAAACUGAGGCAGCAGACUUUCUGAACAUUUAUAUUUGUGUCAUUCUCAAAACUUUUGUCCACGACUGUACAGUGUGCACGCGUUAACAAGCUGGUAUGAUACGUGUGUGUUUACCAUAAACGUGCGUGUGUCAGAGUACACAAUAUUAUGCACUGCGUCAGAGAGACGGAAGUCUUUUCACAACCAUAAAACGUCCCACACAAUAUAAACAAAGAUGACAUCAGUGAAUGACAUACCUGACGUAAUAUGUUUAAUCAGCAUGCUCUAAUGGUUUAAUAUGCAUGCUGACGUUAAACGUGUUACCAGUUCUAAUCUGUCCACCAGACGGCACAAGUUAGUUGGUUUAUUAUCUAUGACAGUAACACACACAGUUGAGUAAUUUCACAAAGCAUUAAACAUCAGUCUUGUAAGCUCAAGUCUAUGAACAACUAUAGAUAGAUUUGGUAUAAAUGAGUUGAUACUCUCAGUCAUUUGAUCUUUACCUUUGUGUGUUGUGUAUUUGCCAAAACCAUAGCUAGUUAACUUGUUGAUCCCACUUGUUUAGGAAUCUUUAAGUGAGUCCCAAUGAUCUCUCCUUUCUCCCAAAGUGUGCACUUGUUCCCUUUUUGUGGGAGGGAUUGGUGAUCGAGAGCGCACUUCAGGAGGAAGGAGAGAUUCCCUGGACUGUCACUGUUCUGUCUAUAUGCUGGAGCCGACCUCAGGCCUGCAUGGACUAUCCCAUCACAAGGCUUUUUCAUUCUUUUCCAUGAGUUGUUUGAAUAAAUGAUUUGUUUUGAUUCAAA